AUGGCAUCCGGCCACGUUCUCCGAUUUCCCCGGUCAGACAGUGAAGGCGCUUUUGUCAUCGUCCAGGCCACGCCAACCAGGUCAAAGGCACUAGAUGUCAAGUUGGUGGGAACAGAUGGCGUGGAGCCAUAUGCCGUUUCUCUGCGUCACGAUAAAGUCGCAUCACUACGCGUCAAGAACAGUCCAGUGUCUGAGGAAGAAUGGGUCGCUAUUUUGAAUGCCGUCUUGCGACAAGAACCGGCCGAUGGCGUUGAAGCAAUUGCCUCUGUGGAAAACGAGUCAGUUCUCACCCUGACUAUUCGAAAAAAGGGGAAUGAGUUUACACAACGGCUCGGCGCCAUCGAAUUGAGCCACAGCCCACGCGAGCUCAUUGAGCUAUUCGACUGGUGUGCGCUCUCGGCGCAGACAGCCAAUGAGGCCAAGGAAGCUCUAGCUUCGACGACUGCGAAAGCAAGCAAGCUCGAAGACUCUGUGCGGGAGCUCAAAGCUCAACUCGACGAGCUAGUCGCGGCCAAGGAGGCUGACGAGUCGGAACUGCUCGAAAAGUUCCGCGACCUGCUCAACGAGAAGAAGGUCAAGAUCCGCCAGCAGCAGAAGCUACUUGCUUCUGCAUCCGUCGAGCCGGAGAGGCUAGCGCAGGUACAGCAGAGCUCCCAGGCCGCGGUAAGAGGCCAUGCGGCCGCCAAGUCGAGGCCGGGCAAGAGGAAGACCGCUCUCGCGCCUGUUGAGGAUGCUGAUUCGUCAGAGGAAAGUGAGGGCAAAAUGGAUAUUGAUGAAGUCAAGGAACAGGCUGCAGACCUGUCAGACCAGCAGCGCGACACAACUGAGGAUGAGGACGAGACGGCGAGUGAAGAUGACGAUGAAGAGCCGGCAGCACCAGCGCCCAGUAAGCACACACGGUCUCAAGUAUCACCACCGCCCAAGCCAAAGGCUGCUGCCGCGCCUGCGAAAAAGGAAGCGCCUCCUGCGAAGAGGGAUUUGCCUUUUGCAAGAAAGAAGGCAGCGCCAAAGGCACCGCCGCCACCUGCCGGCAGCGAGACUGAGUCUGACGAUGAGCUAUGA